GUUCCCCUUCCAACUUUCUUAUAGUUUCAAUACAAAAUAGCUUAUUUUAGGUUAUAACAUCCCUUUCUUUUUUUCUUUUCUCUCUCUCUCGACGUUGAAAAACCUCUGAUACAACAAUUGAUAGCACAACAUGAAAAUACCGAGCAUCAGCUUAGCCACAGUUUACGCUUUUCUCUAUUGUAUUAAUGCUUCGCUAAGUCAAGCGGACACUGCAGCAAGUGCAUGUGAUCCAAGCACAUGUAAACUACCAAAUUGCCUAUGUCCCUCUUUAUCACCGCCUGGUGGAUUGUCACCGAAAGAUGUGCCUCAGUUUGUCACUAUCACUUUCGAUGAUUCCAUUCAACCUGAAUUAUUAGCUACGGCUCGUGAUUUAUUGAAUGUCAAGAACCCAAAUGGAUGUGAUGCAAAGGGAUCUUGGUAUGUCUCAAUGCUAUACACUAACUUUGCAUUGGUACAGCAAUGGUAUGCUCAAGGCAAUGAAGUAGCAGACCAUACAUUUACACACGUUGGUUCUCCAUCAGGGCAGGAGAUUGCUGCAGCUCGUGCUAUGCUAAAUCAGUAUGGCGGUGUUCCUUUUGGAAAAAUCAAGGGCUUUCGAGCUCCUUUCUUAAAUUAUACGCAAGAUACUUUACGAGAAAUAUCUAAACAAGGCUUUCUUUACGAUACUUCUGCUAGCGGAGUCGUUGAGGAUUGUUAUUGGCCUUAUACUCUGGAUUACGGUCUUGCUAACGACUGCUGGAAUAAUGUCUGUGGGUCUGAUUUGAAACUUCCUGGACUCUGGGAGAUUCCUAUGUAUGCUGUUAAAGAUAAUGCUGGUGUAGCACAGUUGAUGGACGUGUAUCUUGCUGGAAGUCCAUCUGAUGUUACAACUUGGUCCAGUGAGAAUUUUAACCGGCAUUAUAAUGGAAACAGACAACCUUUUGGCAUUUACGUUCACCCAACCCAUUUAACAAAUUACCCUGGACUACCUGAUACAAGUGCGCAGAAGAAAGCAGUUGUGAGCUUCAUCCAAUCUUUACAAUCUAAGCCAGACGUCUGGUUCGUAACCAACGAACAGCUUUUACAAUGGAUGCAGCACCCUGUUCCUGCUAACCAGCUGGCCAGCCAACCUUACAUGCAAUGCAGCGCCCCCAAUACUGGUAAAGAAAUCUGUAAUGGGCUUGAGACGAUCAACAUUGCUGGAAACGCCGUCUCUGGAAGUCUCCUUAAUUCUUGCAACUUCAACACUACGAACUGGUCGACCUGUUUCAAUUGCCCAUCGUAUGAGCCCACUCUAGAUAAGCCUACACCUGACAGUGCUGCCCCUAGCUCAGAUUCUAACUAUCGCCACCCUUUGCCAAACAACUGCGAUAGUAUUUGGUGGGAUCCUAUUGCUGGUCAAUGCUUAUGUACAAGCACUUCUUGCGCCUACAACGAUACCGCUAUUCCUAUAUCUUCGAACCCAGCAGCUAAUACUACCACAUCAAUCACUGGAUCUACCUCUCAACAAACAGAUGCAAAUCAAAGUAAUGCUCAUCAAUUGAAGAUGAUAUAUUCUAUGUUGGCUUUUUGCACAGGUUUAGUGACAGUUAUCGUAAUGGGUGAUCUUUGUUCGUAUUGAUAAUUAAAUCUGAAUAUACGUUUCUGCACAACUGUCUCGCUCUUCCUAUAGUUUAAAAUUAAGAUAGUCUAUAAGUUAAUUAAAUUUUAUUAUUUGAGGAAAUCGAGUAUAGUAGAAAGUGAUAUAUAUGAAACG